AACAAACUCGUGUAGCAAAUAUUUUAUCUGGUAAUUACUGUCAACCGAAGUGUGCAGAGCCAUGGGUAGAGACAUAGGUAGCCCUGAGAAGGUGAUCGCUUCGCUUGGCCCUUUCGUUACUGGAAAUUCAUACGACCCAGAAGAGCUCCUUGAAGCAUCAGUUGAGAAACUCGGUGAUCAGACGUACUACAAAUACACACUUGAGACUCCCUAUGCUCUGACGGGGACACACAAUCUAGCUAAGGCAACGGCAAAAGGAAGCACAGUUGUCUUGUUUGUGGCUAGUGCAAAUGAUAAACAAUGGCCGGCAUCUGAGAAAAUUCUGAGAACCAUGCUCGAUUCUUUCCAGCUGUAAUUUCUCAACACAAAUUGCAAUUGAGAUUAUAUUUGAUAGUAUAUGUUCUGGAGAAAAUUCUUCGCUUCACAGAUACUGAAGAAUGAAUAUAUAUUGAGUUUAGCAUUCCUGUUGCGGAA